AUGAGUAAGACCAAAGUCGAACGAAACAGUACAAUACUCUGCACCGCAAUUGGCAAUCCGGUACCGUCAAAAUUUAAUUUCACGUGCUCCAAAGUCGACAACGAUGGUCGGACAUUCUCGAGCGAGUUACGCCAAACAAAGACCAAAGUCGCUUACCUGAGGAUAAAAUUCUACAAGAGUGGCGCCUACGAAUGCGUCUGUGUGGCAAGUGCCUCCAUAUACAUUAUAACUUUCGUGGCAAACUGGACGGGGAUCGUCACUGUCAACAGAGGUCAAUUGAAAGAAGUUGAGAAAAAAAUUUUUGGAAAAUUAAACCCUGAUGACGAAUACCUGAAGAUAACAGAAAGUAUAAAUUCUUUAAAUUCUCUGGUCAACACCACUGUGAUUGGAAAACCUGGUCUUGAGUCUCUCUUUGCUAGGAUUAAAGAGUUAGACAAGGAUUUAGAAUUCAGUCAUGUUGAGACCCAGGCACUUUCAAUGGAGACAAAGUUGAAUCUCAUAUUGCCAAUGAAAAAAAUACUGUUGGAGCAAGCAUCUGCAUUGGAAAAAGUUGAAUCAAUGUGUGAUGUUCUAGGCAGUGAACACAUCAAAGGCUUGCAGAGUUCCUUGUACUCACUGAGCAAGAUCCAUCUCCAACAAGAGGAGCAAGUUGAUCAACUCAGCCAAGACACAACUGCACUGAUUUCUCACUACAACUCAUUAAUCAGCUUGUUAUCAUUACAAUUUACAAGAUGGAACAACAGCCUGUUGCAACUGGAAGCACUAUGUGAUGAAGAUAGGGAGAAAGGAGAAGAAAUUAAGGAUGAAUACGUUGAUGGUGGUGAUGAGAAUGAAGGAAAGCUUGAAUGA